GUCUUACAAUGCUGACUUAACAUAACAUUAAAAUAUUGUAAAACAUGUAAAUAAGAUGUUUCUUAGUUUUAUUUUGGGUGGAAAGUUAAACGUGUUACACGUUUCUCAAGAUUUGUACUCAAUCUCAUAAGAACUCAUUCAUGAAUGAAAAACCUGUGACAGAUUUUGAUAGAUCACCGACAAAGUGAUGGUAGCUCCGCCUCUUCCUUCUUUAAUCCAUAGAGCGUGAGAUUAUUACAUAGUAAACUUCUUUAAGGAAAUAGUUUUAGAGGAACACGACAACCCUGUAUAUCACCCAAAAUAAUCGGCAGUUGGAUUGUUGUGGUCAAUAGUAUCUGGAGAUAAUCCUAGAGAGGAGGGAAAAGUCGGGUGCUUCUUUACGCUCGUCAAGUACCCAUCUUCAAAAGUAAUGAAAUCCGAAAACGUUAACAUGACUUCAAGUUACGACUUUGAAAUUACAGAGGAUUACCAAAAUUGUGACAUGGAAGAUUUUUCAAUGCGAGCGACAGAUUAUGAAAUUCGGAAGCGGCCGACUAAACGAGAAGGUCCAGGUUCUCCUUCCGAUUCAUGUGCAAGUUCGACAACUGAUGAAUACACAGAGAGAAAAAUGAAAACCAUUCGGAAGUCGACGAAACGUCGGAAGGGACAUAGUGCUAGGGAAAGAAAUCUACGGCGGAUUGAGAGUAAUGAAAGAGAAAGAAUGAGGAUGCAUUCUUUAAACGAUGCAUUCCAAGAAUUAAGGGGAGUUAUUCCACACAUAAAUCUAGAGAGGAAAUUAUCAAAGAUAGAAACAUUGACAUUAGCCAAGAAUUACAUCAAAGCAUUAACAAAUGUGAUUUGUGACUUCAGAGGAGAAAAGACCCCAUAUACCUUUGAGAAAAUAGAUGAAAUUGAUGAAAGCGACGAUGAUGACGAUGAUGAUUCAAACGAAGACGUUCAUAUAGAUGAUUCUCCUGUUAUGCAAGAGGAGUCCAGUGAAAUUCAAAGUGACAGCAUCUAAAAUACAAACUAAUUCUGAAUUGAAAUUUGCUGCUGGAGGAUAAAUAAAGCAAUUGUGAUAUUAUUUUAUGAGAAUUCUUUAACAAAGAGUACAUAUAUAUUUAUUUUUUGCAACUUUUUUGUCUGUGAACUUAUAGAACAUUCCAUCGCCAAAAAAUACAUAGAGAUUUAUCAUCAUCGUUAUACAUCAAGGAUCAUUGGCUUCGCUGAGACCAGGAAGUACAUUCAAAACAAACGAAAUGUCAAAUAGUGAAGGAGAAAAAUGUGAAAUACUCGUACUAAUAAGAUUAUUGUAUAUAUUUUGCAUGUAUACAUUUGCUUUUAAGGUAGUUCGUCCAUUGAACAUUAUUUUCUAUUAUUCAUAAUCUGGCGGAAUCAAAGCCAUUAGUAUUGACUGUUCGAUUGGUCUAUUCUGGAAAUUCUAAUUCAGUAUGAUAGAAAUGUACAACUUUGUUGUGGUUGUAGAAAUGUGACAAUUUUAGGUAACGUGGUUACCAGUAUGGCCAUAGGAUCGAGUUGUCAAACUUCUGACGUGUUGUGUAUUAGCGUCAACAAAUCCGAUACUUUAGGCAUUUGAGGUCACAUGUAACAUGUAAAAGUACAUGUGACCGGAGCAUCUAACCAAUCUAAAUAUAGAGUUAGGGAUAGAUAUCUCUUUAUAUGGAAUAUUGAAAAAAGAAGGAUUAUAGUUCAGAUAUCCAAACAAUGGUGUUAUAAUGUAGAUCUUUCUAAUGUUUGACAAUGUAUACAUUGAAAACUGAAAGGAUCAGUAUAAACUAAAAAGCACUGCCCUUCAAAUUGCGCUGAAAUACACGAACCGUUUGUUUUGAUUCCGCCAAACAUGAAUAUGAAAUGAAAUGUUCGGACUACUGUUAUGGGUGCUUGGGUUAAUUAUAUAUAUAUAUAUUUAUAAGUGACUACCCAGACACUAUUAUUUAACUUACAUUUAUUUAUUUAUCAUUAUUUAUUUAACAUAAGGCUUAUCUCUGUCUCAGAAUCAAUGAAACUGCUUUUGAGGCCGACUCUUUCAUCAUUUAUUCAUAUUUUAAAAUCAUAAUCUUACAUCAAAACCACCACAAAUAACACCUUGUAAUCAGAAACCAAAGAUUCAUAUCAACAUAGAGAACCAUAGAUUUUAAAAGAAGUAACAUGUUAAAAACCAACCAUAUAUAUAUUCUUGUAGGUUUCCAACCAUUUAUUUUUUAAUGCGAAGAAAUAAGCCCUUAUUUUGCGUUGGUACACAUUUCUGUAACCGACUGCAGUUCUAUACAUUACAAAAUGGAACAUUUUAUUUACCAUUGGCAUUCAUUAUUCAUUAUUACAACCACGAAAAGGGGACAUAUCUAAAAUUUGUGAACUUUAUCAAAUACUUUCAACAUCAUCGGGAAAUGAAAAGAUUGACGUUGUAUUUUGGAUUAACACUUGUUUUAUGUACAUGUAUGCGUAACAUCUUGAACAACAUCAUUUAAAUGUAAUCAAUUCGAAAGAAAAGUUCAAUGUGUGUUCAUACAUAAUAUAAACCAUAAUUCAAUUUUCAAAUGUCUUAGAUUUCGUAUGAAGAAACCCUAAAAAUCUCUCUGGUAUUUUGCUGUCCUUGAACAGAUACAAUAUUAUACAAGUUAAUAUACAAAUGAUGAAAGUGAUAGGUUUCUGUUAAAUAGCUUAUUGAUUUGAGAAAUCAGUACAUCAAGUUUUCAACAUAAGAUAGAUUUGAGUACUUUUUGUAUAAACUCAUCCGAUAUAAAACAUCAAGUACCUUUUAAUAAAGUUGGAGCCAAUAUUUCCUUUGAGGAAGUAACCUGACUAAAUGUUAAUUCUCUAUCGCUUUUCAAUAGAUUGCAACGUAACAAAUGAGCCAUUUACAAACAUCAGCUACGCAAGGAAACUUUCAACAUCUGGCCAGAACAAUAGAACAUACGCCCACACAAAUUCGCCAUUUUUUAAACAUCAAAGAUAUUUUAAAAAAGAGUUUCAUUCAAAAUGUAUAAUGAAGUUUUAUGAUAUUGUAUUAUUUUUAAACUCUGUAUUUUUAAAAUGAAAUCUUGAAGUUGCAUGCUUGUAAUGAAAUAUGGAAAUCAUUUUGUAAUCAAUGAUUGGAAUUUUAAGAUUUGCAAUGUUCUUUCAAUUAUUCUGGUAAUAUUAUUGCAGAAAACAGGUUCAACAUAUAUUUGUAUCACAUUUUGUGUAAUUUGUUAAAAUCACAGAAAAUCAAUAAGAUGUAUUAUGUAGACAGUUUAUAUUUUUUAACAAUAUCACCAUGCAUCAAAGCCAAAAGUUUAAUUUUCAUAAUCAAGAUGAAUCGCUAUUGACAAUAUGAAUGAAGCAUUAGGAUUUUCAUUGUACGAAAUUUGAUUAAGAGAAUUGUUUUCUCUCUGAUGAGAACAACAUUGCAACAGCAAAAAAAUUAACAUUCAAACUAAGCAAAUCUUUCUCACAACAUGAAUCUUGAACUAUUGAUAAAGUUGUUCAUAAUUAUCAAUUUUAACCAAAUGUUUCUAGAUUUAGCAUCUUGAUUUAUAAUAGAACAUAAUAAUUUGAUGUAAGUUUUCUAAAUAUUAUUUUACACAUAUUUGAUUAUAUAUUAAGGCAAUGAAAGUUCAACUGUUCAAUAAUGAUCCAGGGACCAGAGUAUAUAUUCCUAAUAAUCUUUGAAAAUGUCAGCCGUUCGAGAUGACGUAAAGCUAAUCUUGUUAAGAAAAUAUAACAUAGAACUUAUAUGUAAGUCUCAGUUGUUUACCCAGUGGUGUAUGAAAUUAGAUUUCUGUGUUAAAUUAUUGUACUAUAGUGCUCAGAAAUGUUCCUUGACUGAUUUAUUUUUCUAUACAAGAUCUGGAUUAACAGUAAUUGGUAAUCAGACUAAACAAGUUCUAAGCAAGCUGUGUUUUCGUGUUGUUUUGGCGCAUUACAAUUCAUUCUUUUUUCCAUAUAAAGCUGGUUACGUGAUGUACCAUAAGUUAUAAAAAUAUGUUUUCUCUCAGAAAAUUCUCGUAAUAUUAUAUGUUUUUUGGAACGUAUGAAUAAAAUAAGAUAAGAGAAAUAAUCCAAAAUGACAGCAAUCUAGAGACACAAAUAACCAAAAGAAUAUUAGAUGACAACACAUAGUGUUCGUUAUUAGACUGUGGUCUUCACAACUGAUGUCAAGGACCAAAUCGUCAGUAGUCCGUUUUUGGGAAAAGGGGACAUUCAAUACCAGUGUAUAAGUUGUGUAAUGGCAAAACAGCAGUUUGAUUGCAAUUUUGAGCAGAUUCUUUAUAUGUUAAAUCUCUGAACGGUUUAAAGCCAAUUGAAUCUGGAUGUAACCCCAGUCUAAAACGAUAAGCAUAAAACAUGUUGUGUAAUUUUUGUGAAGGUCAUGCAAAUAGAACUUACACUCUCCUUGUAGAACAUCAUUUAAAUGUAGUUCCAAGCUCAGAGUCUGCAUAUAAAUAUAAAUUGAAUAUAACCCUAAAAGGAUGUGCAAUGAUGUGUUAGUAGGAACACUGUUGCCUCUGAUUGAUAGAAAAGUAAACAAUUAAAAUAACUGUGUUAAUCUUUGUCCUUGGAUAAUACUAUUGGUCCUGUAACAUAAGACUUUUCUUCGUUCCCUCGGUGGUGUUUGAUUUCAUGUUUUUCAUAAGACCAGACAAUAACUAUUAAAGUGCUCAAUCACAUGAAUUAAUAUUUCAUUAAAACAAGUCUGACAUGUUUAUUAAAAGGUGCUAUUCUAUGUCCACAUAAUGUUUGUAUAAAAUCGUUACUGAUUUUUCUCAUAUAAUUUGCCUGUACAUUUAUUUUUGUAAAUAAGAUAUAUUUAAUUGUCAUUUAUCAGAAUUGAUUAGUUUUGCAACUAACAACAUUUUUUGAUUCUUUUUAAACUUUUUUUUUAUAUCGGGACAUAUAAGUUUAUGAUCUAAGAAAUUCCAGAGUUACUGUUUUUCAUCGUUACUUUUGAUCAUAGGAAUAAAAGGCAUUGCAACACCAUUCGAAAUUGAGAAAAUUAUAUAAAAGGGGUGGGCAUAAUGAAGAUUAAUACUACACCAUACUAUCGACUAUCGGUACUGCAGAAGUAACAGGUACAUGUAUCAAAACCGCUGUAAACGACUUUUCUAAUCCCGGAUAUCGGUACUGCAUAAGUAAAAAGUAUAAACAUCUGCUGUAGACGGCUUUACCGCAGAAUACAUUGAGUUUGUAGGUAACUUUAAAAUCUUUGGCGAGCUUGCUUGUUAGUUGGACCGCGAAGUCAUUAUUAGGAUGGGUAUACCGCCCUUCAUUCUGAGUAGUCUAGUCCCACAGACAUACAGAUCGGUUAUCUGUCGGAUUAGUCCACUCUUAAAGCAGAGUAGUUUACCUAACGUCAUAAUGACUUCUCUGUUCAGCUAGCCAUCGAGCAAACACAAUAUAUUAGCUUUAACCACACACUCAAUGCAUUUUGCUGUACAAUCUAUUCAAGAACAUGAAUGUUGUUGUAUCUGACGUAGUGAUAGUCGUUAAUAUAGUGUAGGCACGACUACACAUACUUAUUUUGAUGGCUUAUUAGUCAAAAAAUCUUAAGUGGAUUCAUUUAUAUUUUUUUCAAAACGCGUUUUUUAAACCAUGUUAAGCGAUAUUUCCGUCCUUUUUCUGUUUGAUGUAUUUUUUAUAUUAAAGUUGGGAAGAUAAAAAAUAUAAACUCGGGACUUUUCGUAAAUCGAAUUGAUGAACAGAGUUGAAAAAAAAUCAAGAAUCAGUAAACUUGACAAUCUGCGAAAAGCAUACAGUGAGAUCAUUAUCAACAGUAACAUACUUUUGCUUUGCCAAGAAAUGGACAACUAUUUAAUGUAAUAAAAGCUCAAAUCAAACAGGCUACAAGGAUAAUAUUUUUUAUUAUUUAUUUUUAAUUUCUUCUAUUUCAACUUACUAAUACAAUUCAAUUUAAUAUACAUGUAACAGCUUGAAAUUGUUGAAACAUGGAAAUGUAUUUAUUACAAGUUAUUGAUGUUUCGAUGAAAAAUGUAUGUUCUUUGAAAACCGUAUUUAGCUUCCUCGUAAUGAAGUGGUGGAAUGCCAACCCUUGCUUCCAAAAAUUUAUAAAAAUACAUUUUUUUAAAUUAUUUUUCUCUGCUUUUUUGUUUUAUUUCCAUGAAUGCAUAUAUUGUAAUAUACAUUGAAAAGCUUGUAUGUUUAAUUUGUUUUAUGAUUUAUUGUAUAAUUUAUAAAUUGAUCUGCAGGUUUUGUCUUAGUUAUAAAGUAUUUUUUUAAUGAUUUAACAGGUUCCGAUAUACUUUAUUGUUUACAUGACAGUAAUUGGUUUUCGUAUCAGAUAUUUAAACUAAUUAAAAGAAAAAAACUAUAAUUGUUUUCUGUAAUUUAGAAUUUAUUUUGUAUAUGUUAUACUUGUUGAAAUCAUUCCAUAGUUUAAGAAUAAACAUAUAUAAUGUAAUAAAAUAAUCAAAGUAA